AACAGCUCAUACUCUUGGUCAUCGACGCGUCUCUUAGCCUGGAGCACAGUGUAAAACGGUGGAACACAACAUGGAUAGCGAUGAGGACACGCGAAUGAUGGACGCAGAGCCGAUUCCCUCUGCGCUGAAGGGGAAGGGGAAGGCGGUCGAACAAGCCAAUGGUCACGAUGAGGACAACUUACCAUGGGUAGAGAAAUAUCGGCCAGUAACAUUGGAUGACGUCGUCUCUCAUAAACACAUCACUAGUACAAUCGAGAAGUUUAUUGAGAAGAACAGAUUGCCACAUCUCCUCUUCUACGGCCCUCCAGGAACGGGCAAAACGUCGACUAUUCUCGCUGUGGCUCGUCGGAUAUAUGGGAAGGAUUAUAAGAAGAUGAUACUUGAGCUCAAUGCCUCGGACGAUCGUGGUAUAGACGUAGUUCGAGAGCAAAUCAAACAGUUUGCCGAGACACGCACGUUAUUCUCUACGGGAUUCAAGCUCAUCAUUCUGGACGAAGCGGACAUGAUGACACAGGCUGCCCAAGCUGCUCUAAGACGUGUAAUCGAGCAUUAUACCAGGAACGUGCGAUUUUGUAUCAUCUGCAACUACGUGAACAAGAUUACCCCGGCCAUCCAAAGUCGGUGUACGCGCUUUCGUUUCUCACCUCUACCAAUCCCAGAGGUAGAGAGGAGGCUGGAAGGAGUCAUUGAGGCUGAAAAAGUGAAGCUGACUGAGGACGGGAGAAAGGCAUUGCUGAAGCUCUCGAAGGGUGAUAUGCGAAGAGCUCUGAAUGUACUCCAAGCUUGCCACGCAGCGUAUGACCUAAUUGGUGAAACGGAAAUCUACAACUGCACGGGAAACCCACAUCCGUCAGAUAUCGAGACCGUCGUGAACUCCAUGCUUUCGGACGAGUUCACCACGUCAUAUCAAAUGAUUUCUGCUCUGAAAACAGAGCGAGGGUUGGCACUCCAGGAUCUCAUCGCUGGCGCGUACGACUACAUCGACACCAUCGACUUCAAGCCUCACGCCAGGGUCUACUUGUUAGACCAUCUGGCCACGACCGAGUAUCGGCUGUCCACUGGCGGAAACGAGAAGAUCCAGUUCACGGCGCUGCUAGGCGCAUUCAAGAACGCCGUAGAGUUAUCCGCGAAAUCAACGUAGCACCAUGUCUCGUUGAUACUAUAUAGAAUGUAUUUGUCCUAAGGUAUGAAUAUACG